AUAUUAGUAGACAUUAUUUGUCAGUUGUCUCUUAUCAUCGGGUUGCCGAUAUGUUUAGUAAACAUUGAAAUUAUGUAUCUAUAACUCUCUGUGAUAUUUGAGUUUAUCAGGGCUAAUAAUUAAAAAAGUUGUUGUAGCAAUCUGAAACACAAUAUGUAUUCGCUUGGUAUUUUCCUUGUACUUUUAUGUCAUAAUUUAGUUCCUGCAGCCUCCAGUGUAGGUGACCGCUCAAAUAUGUACCAGAAUUGCUUAAAAUUUUGCAUAAAGGGCAAUUGUACUAAUGAUGGGUAUCGUUUCAGCCCCAAAUCUAGUAUCCAGCAAGAUUUUUGGUGUAAGUUGAUAGGCUGGACUUGUUCCGAUGAAUGCAGGUACAUUUGUAUGUGGAACACUGUGGAGAAGUUCCAGGCACAGCAUGGAUAUGUGCCUAAAUUUCAUGGCAAGUGGCCAUUUACAAGAAUGCUGGGCAUGCAAGAGCCGGCGUCAGCCAUAGCAUCAAUGCUAAAUUUAGCUACAAAUGCAUACAUGUAUGGAAGGAUACGUAGUGAGUUCACUGUGAGGAAAGUGCCCAUAGUACUCUUUUGGCAUGGGUUUGCUCUUGUGUGCAUGAAUGCAUGGAUGUGGUCUACUAUAUUCCAUACAAGAGAUACAGAUUUUACCGAGUUUAUGGAUUAUGCUUGUGCAUUAUCUAUGGUCAUGGGACUCUUUAUUGCUGUCAUUGUUAGGCUGUUCCACAACAGGAGGAAGUUCGCAGCUCUUCUACUCGUAUCACCGCUACUGUUCUUCGUGACGCACGCGCAGCGUCUGUACUCAGGGAGAAUAGACUACGACCACAACAUGAAAGUCAACAUAUUGUUUGGAGUGGUGGGCUCUAUAAUAUGGCUGUGUUGGUCCUUCUUCCAUUAUCUGGCUGGUAGACGGUACAUGUGGCGCAUGAUCGCCUUCACCUUGUUGUCUGGUGCUGCACUCUCCCUGGAGGUUUUGGAUUUCCCCCCCAACUACAAUUUUGAUGCGCACGCGCUGUGGCAUCUGGCGACUGUGCCUUUGCCUCUGCUUUUUUAUCAAUUCGUGAUAGACGAUCUACGGUGGAUGCAAGGGCUUGAUGAGUUGGACCUUAAGAUGGCAUAAGGUGAAUAAAAUUUUUUAGACAAUUUUUGACUACGUGCAGCUAGAGAGAAUAAUGGAAUAGUCGCGGCGUGACAUAGCUUCUGUUCUGCCUGAGGUCCUGCCAGGCUGCCUGCGCAGCCGAAUAUUUCUGGGAACGCCCGAUGUUAUUGGCUAGGGUAGCGGCGCAUAACACCAUAAUAAUAUGAGAGUUAGAAAAGCUAUACAGCUUCACAAAUUUGUGAAUUCAUUGAAAGAAAAAGUUUUUUAAUUCAGCGUAAAGAGACAUUUUCCAAAAGUCGAUGAAAAAUCAUUAAUAUGUUUGUGAUCAAGUAUUAUUCACAAAUUUUACAUGUUUUAUACUAUGCUCUACAAUCUCAUCCCACUUAGUUUGGGCUUGUAUUUAUCAUAAAUAAUGUAACUAUUACCUUGUAUUACAUUUUUAUAACUUAUUGAAAUAAAUAAAUAGACGACA